AUGGGUCUUGUGGGGUACCAUGUGUCAUCUGACAGUCCAGUGGGAGACCCAUCACAUCCCAGCAUGAACCCUGCCAGUGACCUUGACAUGCAGAGUCACCCUAUGCCGUUGAAAUCAACCAGCAUACCAAUUCCAUCACAAACACCAUCAUCAUCUACCAGUAUCAUGGCAAUGUCCCUGUUGACCCCACUGGCAAGUCUGGCAUUGCCAGCCAGCACUCCCCCAUCAACUCCACCACCCUCAGAACCACCUAGGCUCUCAUCAUCCCUGAGACCUGACAUUACAUCACCUCUGUCCACUGAUUCCAAGUCAGCGGUGCCUGGACAAUUGCCAGUGGUUGAAAGCGAAGGUUUCGCUGAGUUGCUGGGGCCAGUGCCCAGAAUGGGCAGUCCUGGAUUGGCUAAUGAAUCACAUUGUCAUGACUUGGAGGACUCGGAGUACAACAAACUAUUGGAUGAGAUUAUACAAUGGGCUCAUUGUACAAUUAAACAAACUUUUCCUGCUUAUCCGCAUUGGGACAAUCCAAAUUUGGGUAACUCAACACUCAGGUCUUUACCACAUACCUCUCUCAAUUGUUGCAGUGUUAGGACUGGGAGGACCAGAAAAAAGACUAAUGAGUUCCUGUCCUCAAGGCUUCAGCCAAACGUAGACGGCAACUGGUUCCACUCAAAAGAGAAUAGCUACUCUGACGGUGGGAAAAUGACGAGUAAAUCAACUGGUGAAUAUGGAACAAAGCCUUUGUAUCGCAUGCUUGGAUAUUUCACGCUUGCCUUGAAGGUGAUGCAACUCAUCAAUAACACACUCGCAGUCACAGGCUUGAUGAAUAUUGUGCACGAUAUGGUGACCAAAUUGGGCAUAUGGGCCAAGGGUGGCGCCAAUCUUAACAUCAAACUUCCUCAGGGAUGGCAGUGGCCAGGCAUAGUGUCACCUCAUCAGCAGCCUGCACAGCUUCAAGAAGGGACACUGAGCCCUCAUGUUACGCCAGGUAAUCUACCUACGUGCACACCAUCUGUCAAUGAAUCCUGGCUAGUCCUUGGUAGUCCAACACAGCGACACCUCCAGUCCUUGUCAUCUCAUUUCAUGUCGCUUACACCAGUCUCAAGCCUCAAGAGUCUCCUAAAGCCCUACAUGAGCCUUGAUGCACAGGAGCUUACUAGCUUUCUGGAUACAUCAAGUGCCAGUAUGGGCGAAGAGGAGGUUAACUCGGACUUGGAGGACACCUUCAAGCUUACACCACAACCUCACAUCGAAACAUCACACACUCUGCCCAGCACAAAGCCGAACAAUCCAAUCGCAAUUCCUACUAGGAGUGCAUCCAUUUUAUCAGGUGGCACAAGCUUGCUCCAUCGUUUCACUCACUGGGCAGACCAGAACAAUAUCAAGCUCUCGACCUCAGUCGUUCAGUUCCUUGAGAACUCUAAAUCAGACUUUACGGAGAUUUUUGGUGUUGGACCAGCAGAAUACACAGUAAUAGAACAAUUUUGUGAAGAUUUUGGGUUGAAACCCAGAUUGUCAUAUAUCCACUCACAGCACACCAUACUCCUAGAAAUGCCAUUGGGGCUCCAUGAAACUCCAAUGGCCACCAUCCAAUCCGCAUUCCACAAUUUCUUUCGUGAUAUCCCCUACCCGAAGAGACAGCUGAUCAACGUCAAUUUGUUGACCAACAUAUCACAAGAUGGCGCUAUUCCUGACUUGAGGAUAUCCAUUCAGAAUGUAUGGGACUGGCAACUUACCCUCAUCAUACCUGCCAUCGGCAAAAGCACGUUUUCACAGCACCUCACCCCUUUAUACAUCAAGUUGAAGGCAGCUGUUGCAGCGAACCCAGCACUUUUGAUGAUCAUCAUGGUGGUGGUCCAAGAGCUGUGUCUGUACUUCAGUCCCAAGCGGCAUUCAACUGCAUACAAUGUAUUGCUCAAUGAGCCCAAAUGCAGUUGGGAUGACUUCCAUCUUGCAGCCGAUGGAGGAGACCCAGCCCUUGACCGACCAAUAAUUGUAGAAGGGCACACGUGGGCCUCACUGAAAUCUGUGCACCUCAAGGAUCCUAGUAUCAGGUUCCAGUUGGAGAUAGACAAUUUCAUCGACAGUCUUUUGGGGGGUAUGACCAAAACUGCCUAUGAUCAUUACCAGAAGUGGCAUAAUAGCACACUGCAACCCAGAAAACUGAAGCACACCAUCCACUGCGCUGGAAUUCAUGAGGAUGCACCAGCAUUCAAUACUCGUGCUCAGAAAAGGCAGUACUGA